AUGCCAAACCAAUCUCGGACAGUGGCCUAUGGGCGAGUCCAUAAUCUCCAAAUUGUCUCAGUGACAAAUCUCAGCAAAGAUGGCUACUGGGUGAUCUUCAUCCACGGCGGAGCCUGGCGAGAUCCAACAGUAACGACAUCUUCCUUCGAUGCCACUGAAUCAAUCCUCCGCGAAACACCCGGUCUGCCGAUCGCCGGGUUCGCAUCAAUCUCCUACCGUCUCAGCGAACACCCAAACCAGCCCCAAGACCGAUCCACUCCACCGAACGAUUACCGCAAUGCGAAGCACCCCGAUCACAUCCGCGAUGUAGAAGCGGCCCUUGCAUUCCUGCAAAACACCUACAGCUUCGGGGGAAAUUACGUCCUCGUAGGCCACAGUUGCGGCGCAACACUAGCCUUCCAAGCGGUGAUGGGCGCCGUCGCGAAUCAUCGCGAGCAGGCUUUCUCCGGGGCGACAGAAAAUCCAGAUAUCAGCGUCGGAGUUGUAUCAGCGUCUCCGGGUCCCCUGCCGCCCCCAUUGACGGCGCAGCCCACUGCCAUUAUUGGCGUGGCCGGUAUCUAUGAUCUGAGACUGUUGCGCGAUACACAUUCUGAUAUUUCGGCUUAUCGGGAGUUUAUCGAGGGCGCAUUUGGGCCGGAUGAGUUGGUCUGGGAUGGAGUUUCGCCUGCGCAGAUGGCCGGGUCGCGCGGCGUCGAGGGGGGUUGGAAGUCCGGGAGAUUAGCCGUUUUGGCGCACUCCAAGGAGGAUGAGUUGGUUGACGAGACCCAGAUCAAUGGUAUGGAACAGACGCUGAGAGCUUGGGAGAAGAUCGAGGCGCAGAUCCCUGUGCAGGAAUUAUCGCAUCGGGAUCGGCGUGUUCGUGUUUUGCCUAUUGGCGGUGCUCAUGAUGAGGCAUGGGAGAAAGGUGAUCAGUUGGCGUAUACUAUCAUUUAUGCUCUUGAGCAAUUGAGGGAGAUGGGGCUGGCUCCUCAGCGCUGA